AUGAUUGAAAAUGAGAGAUUUACGAAAAAGGCAAAAUCACACAGCAUCUCGCAACUUCCUUCGAUCCGCUCGCAGUCUAAGGAGAGGAGGAAGAUGGAAGAACCCAUAAGAGCAGCUUCACAACAAGUCUCUGAUGAAUUCAAGACUCUUGUUAAGACAGAAGAUCUCAAUUCUCUCAGACAUUUGCAGCACCUCAUAUUGGGGAGGCUACAGGAUAGCAAUGCAGUUCUCUCCCAUUACAACGAAUUUGCAGAGAAUUGCUUCGCGGAUGUAUCAUUGGAGUUCUCUAGAAACACACGUCUUCUUAAAUCCAUGAAAGCUGACCUCGAUUACAUCUUCUUGAAACUAAGGAGCAUCAAAAGUAAGAUUAUGGCUACGUAUCCAGACGCGUUUCCAGAUGAUUCUACUAGUGAUGCUUUUGAUCGAAGACCCGAUCUCGAGUUGCCUCAGUGUUGUAUCAUGUAA